GGCGUGUAGUGCAAAACAGUAUUUUCUACCAGUUAUCACUGAUAAAAAUGCGUUUCAAUCCGUGUGAUGUAUGUCUUUCGCCUGGAAAUGGAAAGCAUUUUGGUGUCGAUGCUUGCAGAGGUUGCACAGCAUUCUUCCGGCGAACAAUAGUCAACAAGAGAAACUACAGUUGUAGUGAAGAUGACACUUGUGAAAUUGAAAAAUCAGAAGGGCUACUUUGCAAGAAAUGCCGAUUUGAAAAAUGUUUGAAAGUUGGAAUGAAAAAAGAAUCGAUUCAAAAGCAUCGUGACAUUUAUGGUCGCCGAAACCCGGAAAAUCGAGCUCUGAUAAUUUCUCCGUCAACUUCACAGCUUCAAGUCACAAUUCCCAUUACCCUAUUAUCAAGUGUUAAGAGAAAUUACGCAGAAUUGGAAAAUGUAAGAGAAAUUGUACACAGAAUGGAUGGUUUCAGUAUGUUUCUGAAGCCAGCUCCACGUGGUCAAACAUAUAAAGAAACGUAUCGUUUGUUGCUCCGAGAGUUCUAUUUAGUGUCUGACUGGGUUUCGAAUUGCUUUCCACUUUUUAAAGAACUACCAAAUUCUCAGAAGGACAUACUUCUGCGAAACUUCUACCUAACUUUUUACAACUUGGAAGCUGGAUUCUUUGCGUGUCAGCAUAAUAAAAUAGACGUCUGGUUUUUACCCAAUGGAAAUUUUAUUGAUUGUCAAAAUUUGGAAGCUUUUUACUAUGAUCCACACAAUCAACAACCAAUGACAUCGGCAGAUGCUGCAAGGUAAGUCAUAUAUUAUGUCUUGCUCAGAAAAUUGAAAUUUUGAAUGAACUCUGCUUCCUUUUUCAUAAUAUUGAAACAAGAAAGUUUUAAAAAAAACUUAAAUUGAGAUCAUAUCUGAUUGAUUCAAUUCAUUGACAGUAUAAAUUUUGGACUCACUUUUACUAUUUUUUCUUAAAUCUCCUUUACUCAAGAAAGACCAAACUCUUUUUGUUCAUAGAGUAAUUAAAAUUGGAAAAAAUAGAAUUUCCAAAAAAUUAAAAAAAAUCGCUGUUUCAUAAAUACAUACACUCAAUAUCAGAGCUUCUUUUAUUAUCAUUGAGUUUGCUUUUUUUGUUUCCAGACUAUUCAAAGGAACAUGUACUGAAUGUAAGCGGAAUGUUCUCGAACCAAUGCUCAGAGAAAACGUGACACAAUUCGAGUUUCUUGCUCUAGCAGCAUUAUUGUUGUUUGAUACCGGUAAUAUUUUCGAAUCGAAAACUUUUUAUCUGUUUCACAAACAUAUGAAAUUCAAUUCAUGUUUUCCUUCGGAUGAUUUUACGGCACUAGCCAAUGGGAUCGGAUUUUCCGCAAUUUUUUUGACAUUUGAACUGUCGACCAAAACUUUAAAACACUGAUUGAAAAUUUUAAAGCUUAAGGUAAUAGACAGUGUGUUUCACUUUGUUGAUCACAAUCAGUUUUGCUCGCUAUUAUAAUAGCGAUAUAAUUCAAGUUUUCAAUACAAGAAAAAAUCACAAGCACUAUAUUAAAUUAUAACUUGUUAACGCAAAAACUUAAUCAGAAAGAACUUUCUCAGAAAACUUUAAAAAAUAUUGAUAAGUUCUUGAUUAAUUUAUGUUCAAACGAUUUUUUUACAUAAAAAAUACAUUAAAAUUAAAAGCCAAUUUCUUACACUGUUAACAAACUAUUACAGUAUUUUUUGACAAGGGAAACUAAAAAAGAAACAGAUUGAAAAUUUUGAGGCUUCUUGCUCUAGCAACGUGUUUCUAUACUAAUAUUGACAACGUGUUUCUAUACUAAAUACAGUAAUAUAUUGUAAUCCACGAUCCGCCUCGCAUAAACCGGAAAUUUGAAAGUUACCAGAGAGACAAUAGAAAAUACUUUUUAUUGAAAAAAUAACAUUCUAGAAAACUAUACGAAGAGUUUUUUUCAUUUUUUACUCCUACCUAACGGGAUUUCCUUAUUUAUUCCAUAUAACUAUAGUUUCUACAUCCUCAUUUUUCUAAAGUUUUGCAAAAUGUUUAACUGAGUCUUCAAAGAUAAGUGCCGCUUUACCACCCAGUUUCAUAAAACAUCAACGUUAAUGAAUUAUUUGCAGGUCUCGAAGAUCAAUCAGAUGAUUGCAUGGAUCUUUGCCGGAAUGUUCGAACACUUAUUCAACGGGAAAUGAUUCAAUACUAUUCAAAUAAACAUUUAGACGAGUAUCCAUUGAGAAUGGCAGAUGUCAUUUCACUGAUUCCCAGGGUACAAGUAAGUUUUCAAUUUCAAAGACUAAAUAAUAAAAUACUAGAAGUUUGCAGAAAGCUGCUCAAAAAAUGCAGAGCGAUAUGGAAAUUGGUCACUUGUUUAACACUUACGCUGCUGAAAAAUCAUUUUUUGAGAAUUGUAUGGGAAAAGGUUGAAUCUUAAGGAGUUUGGGA